AUGGUGAAGGAAGGCCCAACAAUCUGGAGGGAGUUUCUUCAGGCUAGGUAUGGUAAUUUAUCACUGCUGAACUUAACAGAAGUGAAUGCAAAAAAGUUGAGGAAAGCUUCCAUCUGGUGGAGAGAUAUACUGGUUGUAGGAAAGUUAAAGAAUGAUGAGAAUACAGUGGUGGAUAGCUUCAGCAGUAAGAUUGAAUUCAAGGUGGGAAAUGGGAAUAAUACUUGGUUUUGGCAUAGUAGAUGGAUUGGGGAUAAGAGUCUUAAAGAAGUCUUCCCUGUGAUAUAUGAGAAAUCUACAAACAAAUUGGGUAAAGUAUAUGAUUUGUGGUGCACGAAUCCUCAGGUGUGGAAGUGGGAUUUAGGAAUCAAUAGGGAGGUAUUGAUAACCAUGGAUGGUGAGGGACUGGAGCAAUUGAAAGAGUUGGAGGAGAUUCUGUUCGAGGUCAAUCUUAGUUCGGAUUUUCAGGAUGUUAUCAAAUGGUGGCCUGAGAAAGAUGGAAUUUUUUCUGUAAAAUCAUGCUAUGACAGGUACCAUGACCCUUUGGCCCAAUCCAUGGUGAUGCAAGUGGAUAUUCUUCAAAUGUUGAAGUCAAUAUGGAAGGCUGCGACUUUAUCAAAGAUUCAAGUCUUUGGAUGGAGGGUUAUAAUGAAUAGAUUGCCCACUAAGGACCAGCUGUUGCACAGGGGUGUGAUCCAAGCUUCCAAUAGUGUCUGUGUGCUGUGUUCUAACAGGGAGGAAUCGAUUUUACAUCUGUUUCUUCAGUGCAGGGUCAGCAAGAAGAUAUGGGGAGAUAUUGGUCUUUGGUUUGGUGCCCAGGUGGAAGGGAGUUAUGACUAUGUGUUUCAACAUUUCUGUUGGUUUGAUGAGCAACUUAAAGGAAGAUUGAAGAAGAAAAACAGGACUGCAUUGUGGCUUGCCGUGUUGUGGGCAAUUUGGAAAGGGCGCAAUGAUCAUUGUUUCAAGGAGAUACCUUUUAAUGCUGAAGAUGUUGUUUAUAAUGCUAAGAUAUUUUCAUGGAUGUGGCAGAACCUAGUUUUCACCGACAUUCCUUUCUAUGACUGGUUUAGGUUCUUUUUCUAG